GGCAGAUUGCAGCGCUAUCAACCUACCUGUCAAUACUUCUAGGAAACCUGAGUUUAAAGCUCUGUUCCACAAAGAGGAUUUCAUUCAGAUACUGACACAGCGAGGUCUUGAUCAUAUAGACCUCAUCUCCCACUGAUCCACAGGAUAAGUUGAACACUUUGUCAACAGGAAUCUUUUAGAAUGAUGAGCUGUUCAGCGUGAGCCCGCUGCACUCCACUGAACCAGGUGUCAGGGUUGGGGACACUGAGACGGGACGUUAGAACCGUCACUUUGUGGUCAAGAAAAAUGUUGUGCUGCGGUAACUUGGCCAGGCCGGGAACAGGCCCAGAGUAAAGUAAUGAGUCAUGUGACCCUUGCAGGAGGUCUGUGCAGUGUGAGGUGCUGCUGAGGGGCCAGCUGGACCCUACUGAACUAGAAAAGUACUCUACGUUCAAAUGUAACGUUAAAUGCAGUUUAGGGUGAGACGUUUUCGUAGCUGUAUAAAGUGUCACAUGUUGUUUUUUCCCAGCAGGUAUUUGCAUCAUUGUGUAAGGAAAUAAUACAAAUGGCAUAACGUCACAUUACAUGUAUACAUUUCACUGUGGCCGUAUAACUUUUGAAAUGUCUCGAUAGUUUACGGACUCGCUGGUUUGCGACAUGAACCAGCGUCUUCAGGGGAAACGGGCUCAGCGUGGAUGUAGUUCGAAACCUACGUUUUUAUUCAGUGACGCAAUUGUGGCAUUUAAAGGGAACUCGUUGAACCGGAUGCAGGGUUUGAACGAGGCCGUGAUUCUGCUAGUUCUGCUAACUAUGCUGUUUAGCUGUGUUUAUAAUAUGCAGCUUAUCAACAAAAAACCGCAGGCAGUACGUUGUCAUUUCUUUGUGAAUUGCACUAACGUUAGCGCCGAAAGAGCUCUCUUUUUCCGGCCCUCCUACGAAAGUGACCAAUGAGAGGGCUGGGAUUGGAUGCUCCUCCAAUCAGCAGCCGCUACAGUACACCACGUGGCUGGAUCCCCCACCGAGGUUUUUUUAUUUUUUAUUUUGGCGGCUGGGUGGAAAACAUGGUGGAAAAUUUGAAAGAUUGCAGCGUUCCCUGGAAGAUGUCCUGGGAUCAGCUGGAGGCCCUGUGCCGCACAGAGCGCCUCUACUGUCAACAACUCGGAGUGAAGAGAGCCAACGGCAACGAAUUCGACGUGGAGUUCCUGUGCGACUACAAGAGGACGAAGGAGGAGGAGUUCUACCUGGUAAAGUGGGAGGGAUUCCCAGAGUCUGACAACACCUGGGAACCCAAGAGGAACCUCAAAUGCCCCAAACUGAUGAAGCAGUUCCACCUGGACCUCGAUCAGAAGCUGAGGCGCCACAAAAAAUGUGGCAUCCCUAAAAAACUGGACAAGGAAGUCUCCUCAUUCCUCGUCCAAAAAGCCAAAGUCCGCAAGCGUCUGCAGCGCUGGGAGGCCCAUUUGAAUCGGACACGCAACCACCCGGGGCGCAUUUUUGUCACGAACGAAGUGGACCUUGAGGGCCCCCCAAAGAACUUCACCUACAUCAACAACUACAAAGUAGGCCAGGGCAUCGUGUUGGACGAGAUGGCUGUGGGCUGCGAGUGUAAGAGCUGUUUGGAGGAGCCAAUCAACGGCUGCUGCCCGGGGGCCUCCCUGCACCGCAUGGCCUACAACGACAGGGGGCAGGUCCGGCUCCGGGCGGGACAGCCCAUAUACGAGUGUAACUCCCGGUGCAGCUGCUUCCCCGACUGUCCUAACAGAGUGGUGCAGAAGGGCAUCCAGUUCGACCUGUGCAUCUUUAAGACGGAGAACGGCCGCGGGUGGGGCGUCCGCACGCUGCAGCGCAUCAAGAAGAACACGUUCAUCAUGGAGUACGUGGGAGAGAUCAUCACAACAGAUGAGGCCGAGCGGAGGGGUCAUGUGUACGACCGCCAGGGCUCCACUUACCUAUUUGACCUGGACUAUGUGGAGGACGUGUACACAGUGGAUGCAGCUCACCAAGGCAACAUCUCCCACUUUGUGAACCACAGCUGUAACCCCAACCUGCAGGUAUUUAAUGUGUUCAUUGACAACAUUGAUGAGAGGCUACCAAGAAUUGCCUUAUUUUCAACGCGGUCUAUCCGGGCGGGAGAGGAGCUCACCUUUGACUACAAGAUGCAAAUUGAUCCGGUGGACACAGAAAGCACCAAAAUGGACUCCAGUUUCAGUGUGGCGGGGCUCGCCGGCUCGCCGAAGAAGAGGAUUCGAGUGGAGUGCCGGUGUGGAUCGGACUCGUGUCGGAAAUACCUGUUCUGACAAAGGCCUGCUGGGAACGCACCACCGGCAUCCGGCACAGGAUGGACACAAUUGUACAGAUUGUACUUUUUUUUUAUUGUUAUGAUUUAAUCAAAGCUGAAAACAGCUUUUUAAAUGUGAACGUGGGAAACCCUUCUUAGAUGAAAACCACAAUCCACAUUACUUGAAUGUGGAGCCUCUUGGAUGCACAUGGCUGGAUUACUGGCGGGCCUGAUUCCUCCAUUUUAUAACCUCUUUCUAUACAAACAUACAGUCUAUUAGUCCGUCCCCUUUUUCAAUGCUCUAUAAAUAUAUUCUACCAAAAUAAGGGUAGAAGCUGAGAUGUGAGAAAACAAACAGGUCACUUUAAGAAGUCUCAUUAAAGAGCAAAUGAAGGGAAACAUUAGAGUUAACGUCCGGUCUUCUUCAUGUCUUAGGGUUCUGUUUGUGCUCACACAUCUCAGUUUUUAACUCUUGAGUGUCAUAACUACUAGACAUGAUAAAUAAACACGUGAGCAAAUGAGAUCCCCGUUGCAUCACACGCGUGCUAUUUUAAACUACUUCCCAGCUUCACUGUUCAACUCCCUCUGUUCUUGGGGUUGACUGUCUUCUAACUCCGCAGGUAAGUCCGUCCGCAUUGCCACCAGGGAAAAGUUUGCAAAUGUGUUAUUGACUGUGCUGAAAUGAUAGCAAUCCUAAUGAGGUUUUUGCGUUCUGAUCUGUCACUCCUGUAAGUGAUAAGUAUCUUUUUCGGGGUCACUAGAUGAGUCUUAAAGUCAUAUUUAAAUGCUGUAGCUAUUAGUAGUUCACUUCUUAUAGGUGAACAGAAAUAAUGUAAAUAAACGGAUGCUUUGUGUUUAAUUGUUUUAUUUUUACUCUUGAAGAAAACAUUUGUACCAUGGCUUUAUAUGGAGCGAGAGCAUUGAGAAAUGUAACUUUUAAAUAUACCUGAUAUCUUCUCCUUGUGUUUUUAUUAGGUUCAGAUUUUCUUUUUAAAUGGACAGUUCAAAAAAAAAAAAAGAUCUGAGCAUUUGGCAUUGGUCGUGUAUUUUACAUAUUAAAUCCCCCUUUAACUGA